CGGUUAGGGCACAAUGUGGAACUGAAGCUGCACUUCAAUCUCCGGCGAACUCAGCGGACUGCCGAAUUCGCUUCGAUCCGGAUUUCAACUGUAGUCAUGGCGAGCGCGGCGGCGUACGACUCCGAACAAAUUAGCUCCGGGGACUCCGGCUCCGCAGGUUAUGAUCCGAACUUCGUACCUGACUCCGUCAAGUCUUUCGUAAUUCACAUGUACCGCCACAUACGGGAGAAGAAUGUGUACGAGAUUCACCAGAUGUACGAGACGUCUUUCCAGAGCAUCAGCGACAGGUUUUUUAAGGAGACGCCGUGGCCUUCGGUGGAUUCGGUGGCUCCGUAUGUUGAUAACGAUCAUGUUUUCUGCUUGCUGUAUCGUGAGAUGUGGUUUCGGCACUUGUACGCCAGGCUUGUGCCUACGCUCACACACCGGAUUGAUUCGUGGGAUAAUUAUUGUAAUCUUUUCCAGGUUGUGUUGCAUGGUGUGGUGAAUAUGCAAUUGCCAAACCAGUGGUUGUGGGACAUGGUUGAUGAAUUUGUAUACCAGUUUCAAUCAUUCUGUCAGUAUCGUGCUAAGAUGAAGAGCAAAACCGAACAGGAGAUUGCACUGCUGAGGCAGUAUGAUCAGGUGUGGAAUGUGUAUGGUGUCUUGAAUUACUUACAGGCACUUGUGGAGAAGUCCUCGAUCAUUCAAAUCCUCAAGCAGGAGAAAGAAGGUGUUGAACAGUUCACUGCCACAGAUGGAUAUGAUUACAAUGGCGGCAGUAAUGUGUUGAAGGUCUUGGGGUAUUUUAGUAUGGUAGGGCUUUUAAGAGUUCAUUGUUUGCUUGGAGAUUACCAGACAGGUCUGAAGUGUUUGCUUCCAAUCGACAUAAGUCAACAUGGUGUCUACAUCAGUGUUAUUGGAAGUCACAUUGCAACUAUAUAUCAUUACGGGUUUGCCAAUCUUAUGUUGCGAAGGUAUACAGAUGCUAUUCGGGAGUUCAAUAAAAUUCUUCUGUACAUUUUCAAGACUAAGCAGUAUCAUCAAAAAUCUCCUCAGUACGACCAGAUCCUUAAAAAGAAUGAGCAGAUGUAUGGCUUGCUUGCCAUAUGCCUUUCUCUUUGCCCUCAAUUGGACCUUGUUGAUGAGACUGUCAACACUCAGUUGCGGGAGAAGUAUGGUGAGAAAAUGAUAAGGAUGCAGAAAAAUGACGAUGACUCCUUCUCUUUAUACGAUGAGAUCUUCUCGUAUGCGUGCCCAAAGUUCAUUACCCCAUCUGGCCCAAGCUACGAAGAGCCUCUUGUAAAUUACAACCAGGAUGCUUAUAAACUACAGUUGAAACUGUUCCUUCUCGAAGUGAAGCAGCAGAGUGUACUGUCCAGUAUUCGGGCAUUCUUGAAGGUGUACUCUACAAUCGCCAUUAGCAAACUCGCUGCUUACAUGGAGUUCGAUGAACAUACCGUCAGGGCACUCUUGAUGACAUACAAACACAAGACACAUUCUGUCGAUUCUGAUGGAAAAAUAACCUCAAAUGCAGACAUGGACUUCUACAUCGAAGACGACACAAUCCAUGUUGUGGAGUCGAAACCAGCCAAGCGGUAUGGAGAUUACUUCAUGCGCCAAAUUAUCAAGCUUGAGGGAGUAAUGACAGAACUCGACCGGGUGAAGCUAGAGUAAGCCAUAGUUUUUGCAUUUCUUCAGACAAAAAGUAAGGUAAAUCUUUCAUUAUGCCGAUUAUCUUAAUUUAUAAAUUUUGUGAUUGUUCAGACACCAUGCUUUACUCUGUUCCUAUUUUUCUAUGCGGCACAAAACUGAACACAGCGUACUUUAAUUUUAAUUGUCAGUACAAAAUGUAUCUUACUACUACUUUUCUAUCAUCUUAGUACUUAGAUUGCAAGAUUAA